AUGGGGAGUGAAGAAAUGAGCAUUAGAAAGGAGUUUGGUGGUUCUCUCCCUGUUGCAAAUGUCCAAGCACUUGCUUCCAACAAUUCCAGUGACAUACCAAUCCAGUACCUUAUGCUGGAACUCCAGUCAGAAGAAGUUUUGGUGGACGAGUCUCUCCAUAUUCCUACCAUAGAUAUGAGGAAGCUCAUGGUUGAUGAUGAUGAAAUGGAAAAACUUCAUUUUGCCUGUAAAGAUUGGGGCUUCUUUCAGUUAAUCAAUCAUGGGGUAGAAGAAGAAGUAAUAGUGAAAAUGAUGAUGGAUGUCCAAGACUUCUUUAAGCUAUCACUGGAGGAGAAGAAUGCAUAUGCACAGCUACCAAAUGACAUUGAAGGUUAUGGUCAAGCCUUUGUUGUUUCUCGAGACCAGAAGCUUGAUUGGGGUGACAUGCUUUUCCUUCUUCCUCUGCCAGCCUCUCAAAGAAAUAUGAGACUAUGGCCUAAGAAACCUACUUCUUUUAGGGAAACAUUGGAAAAGUACUCCUCAGAGCUGCAUAGAGUUUCAAUCAACCUUCUGAGGUCAAUGGCUAAGAACCUAGGCAUUAAUCCUGACAAGCUUGCAACCAUGUUUGAGGAUGCAACACAAGGAGUUAGGAUGAAUUACUAUCCACCUUGUGUGAAUGCAGACAAAGUUAUGGGCCUCACUCCUCACUCAGAUGCCACAGGACUAACCCUACUUGUUCAAGUCAAUGAAGUGCAAGGACUGCAAAUAAAGAAAAAUGGCAAAUGGGUCCCCAUUAGACCUGUCCCUGAUGCAUUCAUAGUUAACAUUGGUGACAUCAUUGAGAUUAUGAGCAAUGGGGAAUACAAGAGUAUAGAGCACAGAGCGGUGGUGAACCCAGAAAAAGAACGCCUCUCCAUUGCCGCAUUUCACAGUCCAAAUUAUAGGACCAUGAUUGGUCCUCUUCCAGACCUCCUAAAAGAGAACAGUGCCAACUAUAAGACCAUAAGCUUUGAAGACUUUGUAAGAAUUGUUGUAACCAGAAAACUUGAUGGUAAGAAUUUAUUAGGACACAUGAAAUUUGCAGAUUGA